AUGAGCACUACUCUACCUUCAAUUCAAAUACCUGUGGAUUAUGCCACAUUGCAGAAUGAGAUCAAUGAUUUUAUUCAACAUUUUAAGAAUGAUUCUAUAGUACCAACUACUACAGAAACUGAUCUGUCAGGUGAAAUGCAUGAUUCUACUGUUGGUACUGGUCCAAAAUAUCUGAAUAUUUUACUACAAGUUGCUAACAGAGAUCUCGACACAGUUACCAUUGAAUUGGAUGAUUUGUUGAAAUAUGAAAGCGAAAAAUUUUUAACAGACCCAACUCGUUCAGACACUAGCUUAGUGCGUGCCAUUCAAGAAAAUGCUAAGCAUUUUAUUGAACUAUUUUGUAAAGCUAUUGAUGACUAUAUGCCCUUGCCUACAAAGGAUAUCAAUUAUCAAGAUGAUGUGAUAGAUGUGAUAUUAAAUCAAAGAAGAUUAAGAAACGAAAGGAUGAUUUCAGAUAGAACUGAUGAAAUUAGAACUGAAAAUUUAAUGGAUAUGGAUUCUGCUCCAGCUUCCUCUUUAAACGAAGCUUUGAGAGAAGUAGUUGCUGAAGAAGCUGAAUUAUUUCCUCCAAAUUUAACGAGAAGAUAUUAUUUAUACUUUAAGCCACCUUCUUUGCAAAAUCCCAAAACUCAUUCUGCAAAAUCUUAUAGCAAAGCUGGUAGUUCGAUACCUUUAUCCGUUAGGCAAAUUAAGGGCUGUCAUAUUGGUAAAUUAAUAACUGUAAGAGGUAUUGUCACAAGAGUUUCCGAUGUAAAGCCUGCAGUCUUAGUCAUUGCAUAUACAUGUGAUUCUUGUGGUUAUGAAAUAUUUCAAGAAAUUAAUUCCAAAACAUUUACUCCUCUAUCAGAAUGUACAUCCAAAGAAUGUGAGCAAAAUCAAACUAAGGGUCAACUGUUUAUGAGCACAAGAGCCUCUAAAUUUAGUCCUUUUCAAGAACUAAAAAUCCAAGAAUUAUCACAGCAAGUCCCAGUUGGUCAUAUCCCAAGAACAUUGACCAUUCAUGUCAAUGGUUCACUUGUGAGAUCUAUGACUCCUGGUGAUAUAGUUGACGUUGCAGGUAUAUUUUUACCGUCUCCAUAUACAGGUUUUAAAGCAUUAAGGGCAGGUCUAUUAACUGAGAAUUAUUUGGAAGCUCAAUAUGUAAAUCAGCAUAAGAAGAAAUAUUCUUCUUUCCAAAUGAAUACAGAUACUGAAAGGCAUAUUCAAGAAUUGGUAAAUAGUGGUAACGUUUAUGAAACUUUGGCUAAAUCAAUUGCACCAGAAAUUUAUGGUCAUUUGGAUGUCAAGAAGGCUCUAUUAUUAUUAUUAGUUGGUGGUGUAAAUAAAACUGUUGGUGAUGGUAUGAAAAUUAGAGGUGACAUAAACAUUUGCUUAAUGGGUGACCCUGGUGUGGCUAAAUCUCAAUUAUUGAAGGCUAUCUGUAAGAUAACUCCAAGAGGUGUUUACACUACCGGUAAAGGUUCUUCGGGUGUAGGUUUAACGGCUGCGGUUAUGAGAGACCCUGUUACUGACGAGAUGAUCUUAGAAGGUGGUGCUCUUGUUUUAGCAGAUAAUGGUAUUUGUUGUAUUGAUGAAUUCGACAAGAUGGAUGAUACUGAUAGAACUGCUAUUCAUGAAGUUAUGGAACAACAAACGAUAUCUAUUUCCAAGGCUGGUAUUAAUACCACUUUGAACGCUAGAUCAUCUAUCUUAGCAGCUGCUAAUCCUAUUUAUGGUAGAUAUAAUCCUCGUCUUUCACCAUUAGACAAUAUAAAUUUACCGGCUGCGUUAUUAUCAAGGUUUGAUGUAUUAUUUUUGAUGCUAGAUGUUCCAAGUAGAGAAAGUGAUGAGAAAUUAGCAGAGCACGUAGCCUUUGUUCAUAUGUAUAACAAACAACCUGAUCUAGAUUUUCAACCAAUUGAAACCUCGCAAAUGAGAGAGUUUAUUGCAUAUGCAAAAACCAAAAGACCUGUCAUGAAUGAAACUGUAAAUGAUUAUGUGGUUCAGGCCUAUAUCAGAUUAAGACAGGACUCUAAAAGAGACAUAAAUACUAAAUUUUCUUUUGGCCAAGCAACUCCAAGAACUCUAUUGGCUAUUAUUAGAUUGGCACAAGCUUUGGCUAAGCUACGGUUAUCAGAAACUGUUGAUAUUGAAGAUGUUGAAGAAGCUUUAAGAUUGGUUCGGGUUUCCAAAGAAUCCUUGUAUCAAGAAACUAACAAAAGCAUUGAGGAUGAAAACCCAACUACUAAGAUCUUCACAAUUAUCAGAAAGAUGGUACAAGAAUCGGGAUCAGCAAACAAAAAAGUUCUACCAUAUGACACUAUUAUCAAGACUGUGAGAGCCAGAGGUUUUACAACCGCACAAUUGAACAGUUGUAUACAAGAAUACUCAUAUUUAAAUAUUUGGCAUUUAACUAAUGAAAAUACUAUAUUAAGAUUCGUAGACGAUGAUACUGUUGAAGCAUCAGAAGGCUCUGGAAUUAGAACACCAGUUGUUUCUCAAGGAACAAAAGCUGUAAAUUUCUCGACUUCGCAGGCCCCAAUUAUGAGACCUAAUCAGCCAGCUUCAUCACCUCAGCCAGAUACGGACGCUGAUGGUGAUAUUAGUUUGUAA